CCUCGGGCUCCUCGUGUGGGACGGCUCCGCGUGGGUCCCCCCGACUGGGCUCAGUUGCCGCCGUGACCUGCUGUCUGUGUUCCCUUCCGGCCCUGGGGACGGACUGUCACGUUGGAUUUCAGGGCCCCUCACUGGCUGGGACGGGGCAGCCGGACGCCCGGCCCCCGUGGCCAUUGGGGAGGGCAGGAGCACUCUGCCUGAGACUGGCCGCUGUCCUGCUGUCCUCCCGGCCCCCACCGUCCGCCGGCCCUUCUAGGAGAGGACGGGGGUCUGAUCCACCGUUGCGGUUGGGCCGCCGGCCCUCUUGCACAGACCUGGCAGGCCGUCCCGUGUGCCCCCCUGGGAGAACGUGUGAGGCUUUCUCGCCCUUCGCCCGGGCCACUCCCCUCUGCACCUGCUCUGUUUUCUGCCGUCCCCUGGGUUCCAUUCACCUCUCUGACACGGGCCCUGCUCCGGGCCCGUGUCCUUGUUCUGCAUAGCACAGCCUCCAGCGGUUUCCUGCAGGUGGUUUCCGCCUGUGCUCCGGGCUGGGCCGGUGGACCCCAGGCUGCACUGGUUUCCAGGAUGUGGACAGCGGUGCCCAGUCCUCUGUCCAGCAGCUGGGCGCCCUGACCCUUGGGCCUGCGUCUGUGGUGACUGUGCUGUUCCCCGGAGGCCCUUGCUCUCCAAGCUGUGCACCCAGAGUCCCCGCCGUGGCCUCUUAAGCUGCUCGUGUUUCCUCCCGGGACGUCACUCUGGCUCACAGCGCGGCCGCCGGCUGCCUUCCCGUGUGUACUCCCUCCGCGCUCCCACUUCCCUUCCACGGCAGGCGGUCCGUCUCCCGCCGCGUCUUCACUUCUGCUCCCACACGUGCGCCCGGAGGAGCUCUGGGUCCUCUGAGCGCUGCGUCUUGGUGAUGUCCUGUUCUGGGACCACAGCCGCCCUCUGGGUGCCUCUCGCGGCAUCUGUGUCCCCCUCACAGGCUGUCGUCACUGGCCGUGGCUCUUGUCGGUACGUGUGGGCCACUGGAAGGGUCCUGGAAGCGGGGUGCAUGGCUCGAUGUGUUGGCUGCACUUCCGGUUGGGCAGUUCUCCGUACGAGAAUCUUUCAUUAAAGUGUAAGGUUUUGGAAACCUAGGAUCUGAGCACAAAGUACCUGACGCAAGUGAACGCUGGAAGCAGGCAUGGGCUUCGGGUUCCGGUCACCGCAUCCGCCAGACGCCGCCGCUACCUGGACGCACCUGCCUUGCCUCUGCUGUGCUCUGUCCCCCCCAAACCCGUGUGUGGUGUGGAUGUCCCUGAGCGGGUGCACGGAGCUUGAGGCUGGGCUGGCGCUGCCCGAGUUCCCAGGAGUGCUGGGGAGCUGGACGCAGUGUGCAGGCCAGGCUCUGGAAUCUGGCCGGAGGGCGGGGGCUCAGAGCGGAUGCUCCCGUGGGAGAAGUAGGUGUAGACAAGCCGCCCAGCUCGCUGGCCACGGGGGGAGGUGUGCUGUGCCUUGUGGGCUGCGGUGGGAGGGAGAGGGCAUGGCCCCUGUGGGAGACCCUUUCUCACUACGGCAGAGUUCCCCCUCGGCCUCCUAAGAAGUGUCCUCAGACACACUGGGCCACGGUGCCCACGGAAGCACCGUCACUGUCACCCGAAGGGGCGGCUGGAUAGGGGCCAGGUCCAGAAGGGUCUUGCUGUCUAGCCCACUGUCCCUGGACAGAAGCAUCAGGGGGCAGCCACACAGCCCUGUUGUUGCUGGGCGGGCCCAUGUGCAUCCGUGGGAGGGUCCUCGCUGCCACUGGAGCCUGUGGCGUUCACGGAUCUUACCGAGCUGCCGGUAGGCCUGAGCUUGGAAGCUGUGUGUGCAGGGAGGCCGCCGUCCCCUGUGACUGGUCACCCCCGAGGGGGCCUGAGUGGGAGGGACAGAUGUGCCCAGCACACCACUGCCUGCAGCCCUCCUGCUCCAGGCUGGCACACGUCAGGGGUGGCCGGUGUCACUGGGCCCCAGGAAGUUGCAGAUUCAAAGACCACGCACUGAUGUGUUGGCCGCCUAGGGGCUUCUGACCUCUGGGGGCUGCUGGCCAGCAUGUCCGUCCUGCCCUGACCGGUGUGUGUGGCUGUGUCUGGGGUCGAGGUCCGGACGAGGUGUCUGUGCGGCGAGUAGUCUCCCCGCCAGCUGUGGCCAUCAUGGUGGGCCCUUCCUGGGGCUGCACUCUGGCCACGGGCCGCCUUCGCAUGUGGUCCGUUACGGCUCAUGUGUGCACUUGUUUUUCUGCCCGGCUCAUAGAAACGCUCUUGUGGGGUCCCUUCCAGAAGCUUUUAGUUUUACGGGCUCCCUGGGAAUUCGGGGCUUCCGAGGGAUGGGCUUUGCUGCGCUCCCGGGUGCCCCUUCCUCGGGAGUCUGCGCCGUCCUCAGCCUCUGUUCUCGGGAAGCUUUUGAACCAGAUUGUCGAUUCCUCUGAGAAACCGUGCGGGAUGUUUGGGUCGGGUUUACGGACCCACGUGUUGGGGUGGAAAGUGACUUGCUGUUAGCAACGCCGAGGCUUCCCGCCAGUGACCAUCGCGGCUUCCUCCCGCUGCCCCCGCUUGCGGCUGUGUUACUGCUGACGCGGGGCCUCUGCCGUGCUGGGUUAGCUCGGUCCCCAGCGUGCGCUCCGCACGAUCGCAGACGGCCUCAUGCUGACGCGCACAAGCGCGGUCCGGUUUCCCACACUGAUGUCACGUCCGAUACUACGAGAGUCAGUUGUCAGUCCUGCUGUCUGAAUGUCGGAAUCUCGUUGCCUUUGGCGAUCGCGCGCACGGCCCGCUGUGGUGCGUCCCUCCCCGCCUGUGUCCCGUCGCCGUCUCCUUGCCCGUCUGCACGCCCAUGCGGCCGCGUGGUGUGUGCCGGGAACGGCGCUGUCCACGCCCGGUGUGCAAGGCCACGGGCUCCGGCCGGUGCCGUUCAUCGGCCGGAGCACGUGUCCUCUGUCCUGUAGCCGAGGGCUCUUGUCAGGACGGGCGUGGGUCUCGGCGUCUGGACCGUCACGCGGGCUCCAGCCCUUCGCUGCCGCUGUGGUGAGCCGCACUGACCUCCAGACGCGGAAGCAGCCUUGGCCGCGCUGUGUCCCCCCUGCAGGUGCUGCCGGCGUGUGUGCCGGUGUCUAGUGGGGGCUUGUGCGGUCGGCCUGUGCUCCGGUCACAUCCUUGUCGAGGCCACACGGCACCCGCGGGCUGGGGACCGUCGGCACCGUUUCUUCUUCCACGGCUGGGCCUUCAGCGUGGUCCUUGUGCAAGUGUCGUAACUGCCGACUCUCCUUCGGCCACGGGGACGGCAGCACGUGGGCCUCGGGCCUGUUGUGUCAGCUCUGCACGGCUUCAUCUUGUUCACGCGGCGCAGACCCUGCAUGUUGACAGAGCCCUCGUCCCUGCUGGCACCUGCUGCCAUGGUGGACACCGCCGGCUUUAGGAGUUUCUUUUCUGGGUGAUGGCUUUAUGGAGAUGAAGCGCACAUUCCGCACAGCUGACCCGGUAGAGCCCACGGCACCGCGGGGCCCUUGCCAUGUCGCCUGGGAGACAACCGCAGCCCGCGGUCCAUACCUCCCCAAGGGUCCGUCCAUCUCUGCGGUCCGUCCGUCUCCGCGAUCUGUUCGUCUCCGUGGGUCCGUCCGUCUCCGUGGGUCCGUCUCCGUGGGUCUGUCCUUCUCCGUGAGUCUGUCCAUCUCUGCGCUCCGGUUGUGUCCACAGGUCCGUCCGACUCUGUGGUCUGUCCUGGGUGUGGCAGGGAGCUGCGGGCCGGCCUUCUGGCUGUGGGAGGCUCGUGUGUGGAUGCAGCCUGCAUGUCCGAGGGUGAACGUGUAUGUGCUGGGGAAGACCUUCCUCCUCCUGGCAAGAGAGCUGUGCAUCAACGCGCCGGCAAUAGAUCCGUGCCUCUACAUCCCGCGCUUUGCUCACCUGCUGGAGUUUGGAGAGAAGAAUCACGAGGUGUCCAUGACAGCCCUGAGGCUCCUGCAGCGCAUGAAGCGAGACUGGAUGCACACUGGCCGGCGCCCUUCGGGCCUCUGCGGGGCAGCACUUCUGGUUGCGGCCAGGAUGCACGAUUUCCGGAGAACCGUCAAAGAGGUCAUCAGCGUGGUCAAGGUGUGUGAGUCCACACUGCGCAAGAGGACCCAGAAUGGCCCGGGUCGUCGAGGGGCUGCCCGCCUCUGUCCAGGGUCUUGGUCCAUCUUCCUGGCCCCCACCAGCUGCGCCUGCAGUGGCCCUUCUGCCCACACCCCAAGGCUGACGGAGUUUGAGGACACGCCAACGAGCCAGCUCACCGUGGACGAGUUCAUGAAGAUCGACCUGGAGGGGGAGUGCGACCCCCCAUCAUACACCGCCGGGCAGCGGAAGCUACGCAUGAAGCAGCUCGAACAGGUCCUGUCCAAGAAACUGGAGGACGUCGAAGGUGAGAUCUCCAGCUAUCAGGACGCCAUCGAGAGCGAGCUGGAGAACAGCCGGCCGAAGGCCAAGGGGGCCCUCGCCAGCCUGACCAGAGACGGCUCCGUGGAGGACUCUGCGUCCAGCUUGUUUGGCGAGGAGGACCCCGAGGAUGAGGAGCUGCAGGCCGCCGCCAGCCACCUCAACAAGGACUUCUACCGGGAGCUGCUUGGCGCCGGCGUCUCCUCCAGCUCUGGGGAGGCAGGAGGCCCUGAGGGGGGCAGCCGACCCCCCGCCCUGGAGUCCCUGCUCGGCCCCCUGCCCACGGCAGCCAGCCUGGGCAUCUCGGACUCCAUCCGGGAGUGCAUCUCCUCCCAGAGCCAGGAGCCCACAGAACCCGACGCAAACGCUGCGGCCCUGUGCUUCCCCGUAGCCGGUGCGCGUGGGGACGGUGAGCUGGACCUCAGCGGCAUCGACGACUUGGAGAUUGACAGGUACAUCCUGAACGAGGCAGAAGCCCGCGUGAAGGCCGAGCUGUGGAUGCGGGAGAACGCCGAGUACCUGCGGGAGCAGAGGGAGAAGGAGGCGAGAAUCGCGAAGGAGAAGGAGCUGGGAAUCUACAAGGAGCACAAGCCCAAGAAGUCUUGUAAGCGACGGGAGCCCAUCCAGGCCAGCACAGCUGGGGAGGCCAUCGAAAAGAUGUUGGAGCAGAAGAAGAUCUCCAGCAAGAUCAACUACAGCGUGCUCCAGGACCUCAACAGCAAGGGCGGGGGCAGCCUGCGUGGGGGCGGCGUGCAGCCCCAGGAGCGGGCCGGCGCCCGGAAGCUGUCUCGGAGGAAGACGCCCGCAGGCAGGAGCGGGGCUGACCCCGUGAGCAGCGUGGGGAAGAGGUUGCGGCCGAUGGUGUCCGCCCAGCCGGCCAAGAGGGCAGCUGUGGGGGAGACCUUGCUCCCGAGCUCACCCAGCCUGGGAGCCGAGCCCGUCAGGCCCACAGCGGUGGUGGAGAGUGGGCCUGUGUCCUACCCCCCCGAGGAGGACCCCGAUGAGGAGGACCCCGACGAGGAGGACGGCGAGCCCUGCGUCAGCGCCCUGCAGAUGAUGGGCAGCAGCGAUUACGGCUGUGACGGCGAGGAAGAGGAAGGCUACUGAGCCGCAGCCCGCAGCGCGCAGCUCCGCACCUCUGCGGCACCUGCUGCCGGGACCCCGUCUGGAGCACCGUGAGGGGCGUUUGCCCGGCAAGGGGACUGGGCCGGUGUCUGCGCGUCUGGUCCGAUGUGGGUCUCAUGGCCCAGGAACCUUGGCAGGCGGCACCGUCCCGCCCCACGGGAGGACGCUGAGGCAUGAGGAGGCCCACUCUGGGAAGUGAGUGCUGGACUCACUGCCCCUGCGGAGCUGGGGGCCUCGGCCCCGCCCCUCCCCGGGCUGAGAAGUGCCGCACCCAGCCCUCCCACCGCCGUGCCUCCAGCCGGACCGGCCUCUCCUGCACCGGGCAUGGCCCCGCCGCCGGUGACCUGAGCCAGCAGUGCUCUCCGCAGAUGAGGGACCGUCCGUGCCCAGAGGCCGUGGGGGUGCCCUGUGCAGCCGGUGCGGCUGGCCUGACCCUGCCCCGAGCCGGAGUCAGGAGAGCGGGGUCUUGUUUGAGCGGGGCCUGGCUCGAUCUGUAGACGGAUGGCAGACCGAGCGUUCUGGCCGCACCACUGCCCUCCCGUGCAGCGAGGGGCCCAGCCCCGCCACUUGAAGGCCCAGGGACCACUCUGAGGGCCUCAGUGUGGACAUCGCUGUUCUGGACAUGGCCAGGGAGACAGGGCAGAAACUCAUGUCCCUCGAGGCCACAGCCUCGGCCCCCCUGACGGCAGCCAAGCCAGGCCAUAUCGCCUGCCCAGGGCUCAGCCCUCUGUGUCCAGGCUGGAGUGUGGCCGAGUCUGCAGCAGGGAAUCUUGAGGUCCUUGGCUGCACCCGUCCUGGGUUUUGGAGAGCCAGAGCGGGCUGUGCGGUCGGUGGGACAGGAAGACCUACCUGCGCAGACACCGCUGAGGCUGUGGCCUGGGCUUCCCCGCCAGGCUCCGUGGCCGGCCCCGGAGGAGGGAGCUGCAGCAGGGCACCUGGCCUGUGGGGGUGGGAGAGGCACAUAGCAGGGCCCUGGCCCCGUUGUCAGAAGCACGGGGGGGACGUGGCUCGGGCUUCAUCCUCACCCCCCUCACGCCCACCCCCGUAAGAAGUGCCUGAGCCUGUGUGUGGCGUGGGUUGUCCUGGCCGAGGCCCCUCAUGGGAGGGAGGACUGGGCCGCAGCGGCUCUUCCGGGAGCCCCAGGCACUGGCCGUCUGGCUCUAGGGUGUUCGCUGUGCCGUUCAGGGACAGGACCCCCAUGUGGAGGGGUAGCUGUGGCUUUGGAAGUGACCAGGUCACCUUCUGGGGCCCAGGGCCGCCGGUGCAGCAUGGUGUACGUGGCAGGCUCCGAGACGGGGCUCAGUGAGGAGGAGGCGCCUCCGCUGGGAGCCGGGCCAGAGCGGGUGUCCCGGCGGGGGCUAGUGGGAAAGCUGCACCUGCAAAGCAGGGGAGGGAGGGGUCCCACGGGCCGUCGGCAGGGGAAGGGGUUUGAGAGAAGCGGCAGGCGCUCAGGGUGGCCAAUGGGGCCACGGCCCGGAGGCCAGGGGACUUCAUGGGGAGGAGCCUGGGGAGGCUGCGUGGGCCGGUGGGGCUCUGGGCACGUGAGGCCUGGGGGCGGACGGCAGCGAGCGGGAGUCUGGCUGAAGCAGGAAGGGUCAGGCUCCUACAUGGCUUGGAGAGGGGUCAGGGAAGAAGGGCUGGUGAGAAGGACUGUCCCCCGAGAGGGUGUCGUGUGGAGGGGCAUGUGGGGUAUUCAUGGUUGGGUGGUGGUCAAGGUGCUGGUCAGGGGUGAGGCCCAGGCUAGCAGCCGGUAGGGCCCCUCUGGGCCACGGCCCGUAUCCUGUGUGCCGGCCACCACGGCCACAUGUGUGGGCUUGAGGGGGACACUCAGGCCUGUCUGCGCCUGUCCCACAUCUGCGGUUAUGGCUGCCGCAGCUAGGACAGGACCUCAGGCCCCCACUUCACCUGCUGACCUGUGUUCUUGCAGGGUGGGCGGCAGGAAUGGGCACCCUAGAGGCUUGGAGAGCCUGGGCGCCUGGGCCAGGGAGAGGGCCAGGGCCUUUGGGAGCCCUCGGUCCAGGGUCCAAGGGUCAGCGUCCCUGAGAUGCUUCGAGGGCCAGGGGCCUGACUCAGGCCGGGUCCAUCCCCGAGGAGGAGCAUCGGGCAGCGGCCGGAGCACACGUCCCCCGCCGCUGCACGCCAUUGCCUGCAGGUGAGGCUGCUUCCAGCCGGGGCUCCGCGGCCCUCCCUGCGGGCGGGAUGCGUGCGGGCCGCCUGCCAGCUUGGACGGCACCACGGGAGGCCAAAGGGCACAGGCGCUGGCGUGGAGGGGGCCUCCCUGGGCCGCGUCCUGACAGCCAGCCCCCUUCUGGGUGCCGAGGCCUGGCCGGCGACCACAGGCUCGUCCUGAGAAGGGCACACAGCGGAGCCAGGGGAGGUGGUGAGGGGGUUCUCAGAGCCCUGGACACCUGUCUGUGCUGACCGUCUGAGGAGCCCAUGUCUGCCCGCUGGCAUGCUCGUGCCCAUCCCCGAGCCUGCGGAGCUGGAACCCGAGGCCAGCACGCUAGCGAGGCUGGGGUCCCUGUGUGGGGGUCCCAGGCAGCAAGCAGGCACGUCCAGCCCCGGGAAGAGCUGGGCAGGGGGGAGGCUGGGAGGAGUGCUCUCCAGAGCUGUCCCUGGUGACUGACAUCUGUGCAGUGGCUCCAAAAGGCCUCCCUCCCACACCUGCCCGGCCUGCUGGCCACUGUCACCAGUAACCACGGGCACGCCAGCCUGCUCAUUCUCCAGCCUCGUGUGUACUGGGCCCACACAACCCGCCCCCCGCCCCGUGCCCUCCUCCGGCCCCACGGUGGCUUCCGGCUGGGUGACGGCCCGAGCAGGAGGCGGGACUGGCGUCCGUCUGUGGGUACCAGCGCUGCCCAAGGGCAGUGAGCUCUGGGGAGGAGGGGCAGGGGUUGGGUAUCCCCCAGGGACUGAGGUCCCCGGGGCGGUGUCUGCUCUGUCCGGGGCUGCCUCCAAUGCGUCCAGCUCAGGGAACCCAGCGGGAGCCCCAUGGGGUCUGCUGGGGUGAGCACCUCCCCUUGGCCAUCCCGGAACUGGGCAGCAACACCUCUGUCCGCCGCCUUCUCCCAGGGUCACAGUGUCCCCCUCCGUCCACCUCUGGGAGGUUGCAGCCCUGACAGACUGCGUGGUGGGGCGGCGCUGGCAGGUCCGAGGCCGGCAGUGCGGGGUGGCCGUUGCGGGUAUGGGUGCCCAGCCCUUUGUUGAUGCAGCUGGGGCCUGGGAAGAGUGUCGGGCGCCUGGGCACCCCAAGGCUGCGGACAGUCCAGCCGGGCUCUCAGGGACUCAAACUGCAGAGCACACAUGCAACCGCUAGGGGACAGGGGCCCGGCCAUCUGUCCUGGGCCUUUGCUCAGCUUCCCUGCCCCCUGGCGGCCACUUGCGCACCGUCGGGCGCUACCCUUGGGAACGCUGUAUUCCCCGAGUAAUAAAGACUAGAAGCCUCAAA